CCAGGGCUCUUCCGCUUCGCGAGAAAGGGGCUCUGGAAGCGGCUGUGCCCGUGACGUCACUUCCUGCGGCACGCAGGAAACAGGCUCCUAAUUCACGCGAUAACAAUAGGACAACGAGAUUCUCGGUGGGACUUGCAGUCUAUGGCGCCACCCCCAUUGGGGUGUUUGGGAGCGUGGCGUGGGCGGGUCCGCUCUUCGUCGCUGCCGCUAGCGGUUGAUACCAAUGGGCGGGGAGAGGGCAGGCAGCUGUGUGGGUGGACGGCUCCGAAGACGGCCGCCCGCCCUAGACGCGGGGGUCCCGCCGGCGCCGGGGGCCGGGAGGGGUGGGUGCGUCCGCCAUGCUGGUGGAGGCGGAGAGCGGCGACUGAGCGGCGGGAGCGCGGCCGGCGGGCCGGGGAGAUGCCGACCCACUGCGCGGCGGCGGGCUGCGCGGCCACCUACGACAAGCACGCGGACGUCAGCUUCCACAGGUUUCCUUUGGAUCCUAAAAGAAGAAAAGAAUGGGUUCGCCUGGUUAGGCGCAAAAAUUUUGUGCCAGGAAAACACACUUUUCUUUGUUCAAAGCACUUUGAAGCCUCCUGUUUUGACCUAACAGGACAGACUCGACGACUUAAAAUGGAUGCUGUUCCAACCAUUUUUGAUUUUUGUACCCAUAUAAAGUCUAUGAAACUCAAGUCAAGGAAUCUUUUGAAGAAAAACAACAGCAGUACUCCAACCGCACCAUCGAAUUUAAAAUCCAACAUUAGUAGUCAGCAAGUACUACUUGAACACAGUUAUGCCUUUAGGAAUCCUAUGGAGGCAAAAAAGAGGAUAAUUAAACUGGAAAAAGAAAUAGCAAGCUUAAGAAGGAAAAUGAAAACUUGCCUACAAAAAGAGCGCAGAGCAACUCGAAGAUGGAUCAAAGCUACGUGCUUGGUGAAGAAUCUAGAAGCAAAUAACAUAUUACCUGCUGGCACAUCAGAACACAUUUUACCAACUGCCUUAAGCAGCCUUCCUUUGGAAGAUUUCAAGAUUCUUGAACAAGAUCAACAAGGUAAAAUGUUACCAAUUUUCAAAAUCUAAAACAGACCAAGAGUACCUUCAUUUACAAUUACCCUGCAUAGAACUUGAUGCCCAUCCUUCGUUCCAGUCAAAGGUAAAGAUAUUUAACGCAAUUAUGCCAAAAGUGGGUAUUUAAUAGUUUUACUUGAAGUACCGUUACUCCUGUAUAAUUUAUGAAGAUGUGAUUACCAAAAAAAAUGGAAAACUUCCUAUGAAACUUUGAAAAAGAAUGGAAGUGCCUUAUGUGAGAACUACAUACUUAAAAAUUUUGUUAGUAAAUUGUAUUUUGCAAGGUGUUUUGUGUUUUUGUCUUUUAAAACUACUUUUAAAGAACACUCUAUGACAAUGUGUUUAAUUUAUAUUAGGAAAUAUUUUUUUCCUGUACCAAAGUUGGGAUAUUACAUUCUAAAUAAGAUGGUAAGUAGGAGUUAACCAACAUUGAAUAUGACUUUAGAACUGCUAGGGUUUGUAUUAAUUUAUUAUUGGCACUGUGAUUUGGAAACUUUAGAGAAAAAAACCUGAGGUUCAGGGAAAAUUCUUUUAUUUAAACUUUCUGUAUCUUUUUACCAGUAAAAGUGAGCUAAUCGUGGCCUCCUUCAUAAGAAUAUUACUUUUAAAAUAGAUUGUAUUUUGAAAUAAUAAUUUUGAAUGUGAAGUACCCUUGAGUCAUCCAAGCUAGAUAAGGCCUCAGGUACCUUAGACUAGUAAAAAGUUGUAGUGAUUAUAUUCAUCUUCUAAGAAAAUAU